CCAUUCGUAGAACGUCACGCGGAAGUGAUUCACUGAAUCUUGUGGCAGAAAAUGCAAGUUUGCAAAUUGCGGCGGUGAGAAAAGAGAUUGGAUCGUCAGCAUUCUCGCUCCUCCGCUAUUUUCUAUUCUAACAUCUCUGUCAGGAAUGUCACGAGACUAUGAUAGACGAAGAGGAGGUAGCGGUAGUGGUAGCAGUUCUAGUAAAUUACGGAUGGAUACCAGCGUAUCCCAACCCAGACCACACGGUGAAAAUUCUGGAAAACGGAGAGAAUUAGAUAGUGUAAUGCGGAAAGCACGUGAAUCUCAAUCAAGUUAUUGGAACAAAAAGCUUCUGGAAGUAGAGGAACGAGAUCCAAAUAGAUGGAGGCACAGCGGAUACAAGGAAUUGUACGUCGGAGGCACAGCAAGCGGAGAACCCAGUAGAGGGCAUCCUCGAAGCCCGAGAAGUCCCAGGCCUCGAAGUCCUCACAUUUCAAGACCGCGCAGCCCUCGUACUAAAAGUCCUCGUUCACCUCGUGAUAGAUCACAUACCAGGGGCAGACCUACGCGUAGCCCAAGUACAGGAAGUACUUGCUCCGAUCGGUCAUGCAGCGUUUGUUCACCAAAAGAACGUCGACGUGUCGCUCAGCCUUCUCGUUCACGUUCAAGAUCACUUACACCGGUUCGAACUCGGACACAUCCGAAGGAGGUAGUACCGUCAAGUUCAAGAGUGAUACCGGCUCGUACCAGGCCACGAUCACCUCCUUUGCCACGUCCACGUACACCUCCGCCUACGCCACAACCUCCACCGCGUCAUCAGAAGGACUAUAAAACGAUUAAAGAAAAAGAAACAAAGGUUCGACGUAAAGAAAAACAUCAUACUAGAAUUCCUGAAGAUCCACGAGUUCCAGAUCCCAUUCCAUUGAUGCGUAAACCUGUGAAAGUAGAAAAAACUCAUUCGAGUCAUGGAUCAACUCAAAUGAUUAGGCCUCCACCCGAGUCAUCACCCAGUGAAGACAGUGAUAGUUCUUCUACCACGUCUCAUGUUGGCCCACCUAGAAUGACGUUAUCAGAAAGGUUUGGUAAAAUGGCACAAUGGAGCGUAGAUCGUAGAGACAUGGAAAACAUGCGUAUCACAAAAGACGGAGAAAACGCGAUGAAAGUUGUAAUAGAGGGUGAAGAAAGAAUUGCAAGAUUAGGAUACGAUUCUCCACCGCCAGGACAUUAUCCUGAAUCGCUUUUAGCACAAGGACCAAGAGGUCUUGAAUGUUGGGAUGACGUCCGUGUUAGAUAUGAUUAUUACAAAGCACGGGGAUAUCUUCGAGAUCUAACUUUAGACGACUACAUAAAGUGGGAAGAAUGGUGGUAUAAAUAUCAAGAAUGGUUAGAAGCAGAACGUUUUUAUGAACAAUGGGCCUCAUCGAACCGUCCUUCCGGUGGAAGUCGUAAGAGACGCGGGCGACGCAAUAAUACGGCUCACUGAAAUUUCGUAAGAUCGUCAUAAAUCACUCUUGAUUCAUAGACAUUACCAUCGAUAAAAUAUACUGUAAUAUUUGUUGUGCUUAGAAGAGUGCAAAUGGUGUGUAAACGCUCUAUACAAAUAUACAUACAAUUCAUAUGAAACAUA